AUGGCUAACUCACGACAACAAGUCGACAGUGUAUCUCGCACACUUUUGAUUGCCCUCGCUGUCCUGCUUCCAGUGGCCUUGGCCUUCACAUCCACAGCUGGAAAGCAAACAUCGCCCCUCAUCUCCCUGGCAUCACACGAGUCGUCGACUGCGGCAGAAGAAGAUGGCGAACUCUCGAGAAGAUCAUUUCUGAUGGGAACACCCGCAGCCGGAAUUCUCUUAUCCAGUUUUGCCCUUGGUUGGUCCAGUGCUCCUCAACCGGCAUUGGCAAAACCAGACUGUUUGCAGGAUUGCGUCAAGAAUUGCAAGCAGGUGGUACCCAACGAUACUUCCAACUACUGUACUGAAAGCUGCCUUGAUUACUGCGCCCAAGAUGACAGACGUGAUGGACUCUCUGGGUCUGUUAGUAGCGAAGGAGGCGAAGUGGGUAUCCUAGGUGGGACGUUUGGACAGGGAACAGUGGUCAAGGGGCAAGACAAGCCUCCGGCAAUCAGUCUCCCUGGUCUGAACUUCGAGUCAAAAGAAGGAAAGAAGCUACUCGGGUAA